GGUUCAAUGGUUGUUCUGUUGAAUGCAGCAGUACUUUUAAACAUGAGGUGUUACGUUUUCUGUCCGACUGGAGCGGUUGUCGCUAGCUGCUGCUUGUGCUGCUCGUCGACUCGUCCAGUUUAGCUCGGUUCCAUGGCGUGUUUAUGAUUGAAUCUGACCAUUUAAUCCAGAUUUACUGCUGAAUGUAUUGUGACUUUGGUCAUUUGUGCGUUGUAAUUCUUAAUGGAUCUCAGGUUGAAUACUGCGUCACCAAGACCUGCUCCAUUGGAACAUGCUCGACGACGUGAGAUUCCAAUGCACCUUGUGGUGCAUCUUCCUUGCGACUGAAGCAACUAACUUUUUAGAAUCAUGUUCAUCCGAAAAGCGACGUGGUGUUACAUUUGUGGACAGAUGUUGACAGAUUUGGUCUAGUCAUUAAAUGUGGGGUUUGCUUUUUGAAAUAGUCACUUCUUCUGGUUGAGAUUACGUCUGUAGCUGUACCUUUGACGGACAUCAAAGACACUGUCUUCUCAUGAAGCAGAGGAGAGUCUGGCCGAUGAACAAGUCUGUUCAUUUAUUCAACAGAUUUGAGUCCCCCUUUUUGCUGGAGGGACAAGCAUCACAUCACAGAGUCAGUUACAGAUUCAGUAUUUUCAAGCCAUUAAAAAAAUAACAUAACAAAUAACAUCAAGCAGGAUCUCCACCAAAAAAAUGUAUACAGUGGUACCUCGGUUCUCGACCACAAUCCGUUCCAGACAGCCGUUUGAGAAGCGUUCCAAGCCUUAAAAUAGUCUUUUGUAGGAGUGAGUGAAUGUGAGUGACGUCUCUCUAGAAGUGAAGAGGUGUCCUGUGCGUGUCCAGCUCUGAAUGUGCGAUUCUGUUCAGUUUGACUGUGACAAAGUAAUAAACCAAGUAACGUUCUGUCCGAGACUCGCCUCAUUCCUGUCCGAGCUCCGGCCAACAACAGGACAUAUAAAACCCUGGAGUGCGCACUCCAGCCUCGGAGGUGUGGAGAGCGAGCGCCUCCCCUGUGACACUCUACCACGGUCCAGUGCGGCGACAGGAAAAGUUUUACUCCUCAAUAUAAAGAAAAAAAAAACAGUCAGUAAAUGUAGCUAACGGGACACGUCUACAUACAGAGACUGCGUUAUAGACAAUAACAAAGCACGUCGUGGGUCAGCUGAUCGGUCCGCGCACGUUAUGUUUUUUCCAGCUUAUUGCAGGGGCGUUCCAGUUCUGAAUUUUUGUUCGAAUUCCGAGAUGUUCGAAUUCCAAGACGGUCGAAAAUCGAGGCACCACUGUAUUUGUGUAUUGGCCGCUUAAUGGUGAUCGCAAAUACUUUAUUUUAAUUUUCCUAACUACUAAAUUAAGAUUCUUCUUGAGAAGGAAGUCACAUUCACUUAAGUGACAUGAGGUUGGUUCCUGAAGAACGCAAGUUAGAACAAUGUGGCAGUAGUUGUGGCAUUAGGGAGAUGCAGAUCUCGUCGUCCUGCCCUGCACAUCAGUGGAGCAGCGGUGGAAGUCGUCUUCACAAAUACCUGGACAUUCACCUCAGCAAAUCGUCCAGAGCAUCCACAUUGUCCUUCAUGGCUGGGAAGCUUCAACCCUACCCCGUCUUCCUGAGGAAACUGAAAGUGUUGGACUCUGAUGUCCUCUACAUUGUGGUCAGCUCCUGAGUCAGCAGCCAAAUACGAAGAUGAAGAUGGAGGCUGUGCGGAAGGUUCUCAGGAAUGCUCCUCCCACCACCUUGGUAAUCCAUGGCACCUGGUGCAAAAGGAGUUCAAGUGACAUCAAGAAGUACCACCUUAUCCACGCUGUACGUGCCCUUGUUCUCCCACUCUGUUAUGGGUAGAGGCUACGGCGCAUCCUAAAUGGGACUAACUGACCAAGGAACUGCUUCUUUCCCAUAACUGUCAGACUGCUGAGCAAUCAUCUGGCUCUGUCAGCAGAGGACAUUAAUUUCUUUACUGCUGUGAUGAAGUUUUUUCUUUUUGUGAAAUUUGCAAAGUACCUUUUUGUGAUGGUCAUAAUUAUCCUUUUUUUUUUUUUUAACAUGUUUCAAGUGCUCUUUUCAUGAUGUCAUCAGCAGGGCCCAGUCCUAGCAGUGCGACGCUCGAUCAGUUGGGAUCCUUUGUUUUGCAGGAUUGGCGAUCGGGUGAUUCCUUUUUUUGGAUCCCGAAUCUGUCUACCGAUCACAUCUACCAGAGUUACCCGUGGUGCACCUGCAAACAUAUUGUCGUGAUGCAGGAACCAGAUUUUAAAGUGGUUGAGGGACCAUAGUGAAAUCUUUCAACGCAACAAAUAACUCGCCACCUUGUUGACGCUGCUGCAUUUUUAAAGAUGGUCAAGCUGAAGCUAAAGCGAGCCGACACAUUCAGAUUGUUACCAGUCUGCUGAACGGUUUCAGUUGUUGAAAAGCAAGUGUUUCAACAUCUGAUCCUCCGAUUAUAAUAUAGGACUUGAAAAGGGCAUGGGGUUUUACAAUGCAUUGUGGGCUGUGGAAUCCACCUUGGAAUCCAGCGUUGUCAGGGCAAGAUAUGAAUUAUCAGAUGAUUCUCUAUUAUCUGCCAAAAAUCCCAGAUCAACGGAACAACUGUCAUCAGUGGUGCAGCGCAGCUGAUUCUGCUCUUUUCUUUGCUGGCUGCUGUGACGAUCAAUAUCCCUUGGGUUCUCCAUUUGGGUUCUUCCUUGCCUUUUCUUCUAAGAGUGACACUGUGCUUGUACAGGCAAAUGUGUUUGUUUUCUUUUCUGUUCUUAUUUGUGUUUUGUUUUUAAUUUUUAAUUUUUAAGAAUUUUUAAGAAAGUGCUGGCUGUCAAUAUUAUACGCUGACAUGUACUGAAUUACUGCCAUUUACUUAUUUUGAGUGGAUAUGAAGGCCUAUAUUCGAUUGUCUGCCAAUGUUGUUAAGUUAAGUGAGCACCUGAGGUGGCUGGCAGUUGGCACUUUUGCGCCGCAGGAACAUUCUUGGUUUUAGGGACGAUUGGCUGGAACCUCCCCACACAGCACAUGUCCGCAUGGACAGAAGAGGGUGACUGCUAAUGCCACUACAACAUUAUAGAAGUGCUGAGAUACGCACUCACAAUCAUGCAUCUAUUUGUAUUUCCAUGCUUGUGGGGCCAUUGUAAGGUUUCUCAUUUCCUUAAUGCUUUCCCCAGCCUCUCAUCCUAAACCAGGAGUGUUCAAACUGUUCCAGAAAGCGCCACAGUGGGUGCAGGUUUUCGUUCAAACUCAGCAAGUACACACAGUUAAAGAUGUCAGCUGAAACAAGCAGCAGCUGACUGACAGUCAACCGCUUCCAGUCUUGAGAUAUCUGAUAGGUGAAGUCAUGUGUGCGAGUUGGGUUGGAUCAAAAACCUGCACCCACUGGGGCCCUUGAGGACCGGUUUGGACACCCAUGCCCUAAACCUAACCAUCCUGAGGAGAGGAUAAACUGAAUGCUCCAUGUGUCAUUCAACAGACUCAAAGGAAACUCCGGAGAGACUGUAAAUAAUCUCACAACGAUAAUGAUUGUGGAUGAUCCUUUUGUGCCUGCAGAGUGCCUUGAUGCCUUGUUUGUUGUUGCCAGACAGCAACAACAAACAAAACAAACAGCCAGUCAGGUUAACUAUCACACUUGCAGAAAGACUAGACUAACUAGUCUUACAACUUAGACAUUGGCAACAAGCUUUCUGAUUCUAAUUACUGGUGUUUUGUGUUAACUGUGUUUUGCAUUCUACCAUGAAUACUUUUAAGUUGAUUUCUACUUAAUUUGUACACUUUCUAGUUAUUUAUGGUAUAAAAACACUAUUUGGCUGAGGAAUAAGAGAUAUGAGUUAUGAACAAAGGAUACACACAAAUCAAAAUGGGAGAAAUCAAUUUAUUUUUCUACAUUUGUUUUGAUAGCACAAGUUGAUUUUUUUUUCUUUUCUUUCUUCCGUGCUUAUUAUUGUGUCCUAACAAUGAAUGUAUGAAAAUAUUUAAGGAAUCGUUGCCUUUUUUUUGCGAUUGCCCUGCGUACAUACAGGUUGGUUGGUAUAGCGAAAAAGGUAGCUCUUGGCAGGGCAGUCCACAUCAUGAGACGCAUUCAUGCCAAUUUGUUUCAAGACCAUUGGAGUAACAUUUUUUGUUUUGUUUUUCAGCCAUGCAUUUCGACCAUUGAGAAUCUUCACCUGCUUCUGGGUUUCUAACAAAUGCCGCCCUUUGAGAAGCUUCCUUGGAGCUUUCUCAUUAGGCUGUAGACUGUCUCCAUUGUGGAUAGAGAAACCCAAUCUCAAACUCAAUUCCAAAUGUCCUUUGGAACAUUCUAAAGACAAUGUCCCAUCACUCCUGUAAUCCUUUUAUGCAAGGGACUGAAAAAGACUCAAGUAGAGGACCACUUCACCCAGGAACAGGGUCAUAUCCAAGUGGUUUCGGACAUUCCCGGGGAUCAGUUGGUGGGCUACUCACAUCAUUGGUGCAUCAUUCUGUGAACAGCCCCGGACAAGCGCCAAAUGGCAAUUUACAAACGCCUUGUAACCUACUUGUACCUGGUAAAAGAGAGGAUGUGAGGCUCUCUGUAAAUCAGGUUUCUGACUCAACAGCUCAACUAACGUACAGGAGUGAGUUCCUCACCUCUAACAAAGGAACUUCUUCUUACACAAAGUUAACUGGACACUCAGAAAUGCAGAGCAAGUCGGUAAAUGUUUCUUCAUCUUCACCCGCUGUCAUGGCUGGUUAUUUUGGUGGAGAAAGUGUUCCUUUUCGUGUGGCAGAAGAUGACCGAUCCAUUCCGGGAUUAGGAUCUGAUGACAUUCCCAGGCCAACACCGGGUGAUCCGUCUGCAUCAAGUCAACCCAAAUACACGUUCGAAGCUGCGUCUAACAUCCUUCAACAGUUUGGACUUGAAAUGGAUGACCUUGAACCGCUCCUCUCCUUUCCUGAAGAUCAAGUUACCCCUGCCAAUUUGCCUUUCAUCUUACGAAAAAUCCGAACUUGUAAGGAAAAUGCAUCCUCAAGUUCUGCAGAUAUAGAUAAGAAAUCAGUUCAGAAUCAAGCCAGUAAGAUAAUUGACUAUGGACAUACAAGCAAGUACGUGGGUAACAUGGUUGACAGCCUGGGAAGGUUUGCUGACGGUGGAAUCGACAGUGAAAAAAGCAAACGCAAAGAAGAUGGUGCUUAUGCACAGCGAUUGCAGGAAGAUGGAAAAGUUGAUCCAACAAAGCACGUGCCAAAUGUGUCAAAUUCACAUUUUCAGCUCGGAGCUUACUGUGACAGCCGAAGAUGUUUACCAAAAACGGAUGCUGUUUCCAAUGUUGUUCCUGAUUACAGGCUGAGCACUUCAGAGACAUUGAAACAUAUUCCUCCAAGCUCCCAUCUCAAACAACCCGCCCAGGAAAAAAGUGUGAGAUCAGGUCUUUCGCAGACCUUCCAUCCCAGCCCAAGUGCUGGUAACAAAUCCAUGACCAACUCUUCAAACAUGGGUACGGCGGUGUCUGAGUUGGCAAAACCUCAGGCACUCCAGAAAACAGGGAUGCUGCUCAAUCCGAGAAGACAGCCAAAUUUGACGCCAGCCAUGCCACCUGUAAUGCAGACGACCCAGAAUUCGUACACACCUGCUGGAUUGCUUUCCAAUCCUACCCCGACUUUUUGUGGCCCGCCUCAGUCGCCACUGAAUCAUCCGUUUGUCUCUGAAAGUACAUUCAAAGGCUCUGCAAUUCCACGUUUAAUCACUUCAAACAUGCAAGGUGCAACCAUUUCACCCACCAACAAAGUCCCAUCAUUCAAGGACACUGUCUUCAAAGGUUUACCAACGGCUGCCAUGAUGCAUGACUAUGCAGCCACCACACCAAGAAUCUUUCCACAUACAUGUUCUCUUUGUUACAAAGAAUUUGCUCAAAUGAAGGAGUGGGUGACUCACCAAAACAGUGCAUUGCAUCUUGAGAACUGCAAGCGCCUCCGAAAAGAAUACCCACAAUGGGAUGGCUCUGUUACCCGUGCUCUCAAUGAUGAAUGGAAAAAUCCCAAUCCCACAGCCAAAAGGUCUCAUGGAAGCCGUAGGUCACCUAAGAGGCAGAGUCCCCUUCGUCACGGAACAAGAAAGCAAGGAAGGAGCAGAUCACGAUCAUGUUCACCACAGACCUCCAGCUACGGUUGCAAUUCUUCUCACAGGAGGAGCUAUGAUAAUAGAAAUUCACCUGAAAGACAUCAUGGCAGUUCAUCUCCAAGGAGGGACAAGCAGCAAAGCUAUUCAGCAUCAAGACAUCACAGUAAUUCACCACCGAGGUGGAGCCAGGAGAGACGGCACUCGCCUCCCAGACAUCAUGGUAGUUCAUCACCAAGGUGGAGCCAGGAGGACUGGCGUCAAGAGUCAAGACACCAUGGUAGUUCACCACUGAGGUGGAGCCAGGAGAGACAGCAACAACCAGCAAGCGCAUCACCAAAGAGGCAGACAAAAAGAUCUCCAACAGAGAGGUGCACCUCCCACCGAGUGUCACCAGGAGAAAGCAAAGAGAGGUUGCAUUCUCUGAAAAAUAGCAUGGAAAGGCAAGUUCCACCCCUGAAGGGCAUCAGCAAACGACAGACACAGCUAAAAGGCACUAAGAAAGAUCUGUCACUAAGUGGGACUAAAGAAAAGAGCUCUGCCUUUGAAAGUCAUGAACCCAAUAAGUCACUGAAACCAAACAAAUCAUCUACACCUGGGGUGAAGAAGACCGCUGAGAAACUGGCCAAGUCUGUCCUGGGAUCAUCAGUGCUCCAGUCUCUACCAAAGCAAUGUGAUGUUGAGGCUGUGGUUAAAUCUUUGACCCCAGUAAUUCUCGCGGAGUGGGGGAAAAUUAUGGUGUCCUCUUCUGCUCCUCUGAAAACGAAGAAACUGGUGACGUCUUCUACUCCUACUGUGUCCUCAUCAGCAGCAAAGAAAAAGCCAGUCAAGAAGAAACCUGCUGUUUCAACCUUGGAGGCUGGUAAGGUCACUCCACCAACCAUGGUGAAACUCAGUGGAAUUCAACCCUGCAUCUCCCAUCACGAUGUGCUGUCAGCUGUGGAGCGCUAUGGAAGGACAAAAUCGGUUUUGCUUAUUCGCUCAAGAAGAGAAGCAGUGGUGUGUUUUGAGAAAGAAGAAGAUGCCAGAAAAGUAAAGACCCUUGAAAUAAAAGGAUGUACAGUCACUCCUAAACCAAAGGAAACUCUUAAAAAGGAACCGAAGAAGUCACUUGCUAAAAAGGCUGCGGUGACCAAACUUUCUUCUCCUAAAAUUGCCCAAUCCAGGACUGCAAGCCAGAGAAAGGUCCCCUCAUCACUUAAAGAAAGGGUGAAAACUAUGAAAAAAUGUCCAGCUAGUGCUUCAAAAAUAAAUCCCUUGCUUUCCAAAGCAAAAGCAGUUUCGACUGGUGGAACUGUAAUGAGAAAAAAAUCAAAACUCGGACUCAAGCGACGGCCUGUGAAACCCACAAUCUCAGAAAUGCAAACUGAGGUUAUUGACUUUGAGCAAAUAGCGUCUCCUGAAGAGCCUGACAGUGGUGUUGAGUUGAAGACGGGCGGAGAGUCAUCAGACCAAACUGGUGUAGCAAGCUUUGUCGCCGACGUGGCUGGCGGUGAAAGCAACAAAGGGGCUGCAGAGGAAAUGGAAGGGAAUGCAACUUCUGCUCUCAUCCCAGGCAAACUAGCCGAAGAAGAGGAUGUUGGCCCAAAUAUGUUGAGGAGUACACUCGCACAUGAAGAUCAGAAUAACUUUGGUGAAGAGUCGUUGAUGAGCCAUGAUCAUUCCAAGGUGGCAGGUGAAGGAGACACUGCACAUGAAGAAAGCAAGGCUCCUCAGAAAAUCAUAUUGCCUCUGAAUCCCAUUGCUGGUGACUCCAGGCAAACACUUCCCCCUGAACAGAUAGACGUUGGUGUGGAGUCCAAGACGGGAGGUCUGUCUCCAGACCAAACUGCAGGUGUUGUAAUAGACCUGACUCCAGAUGCCACUGUAGAAAGCAAAGGUACUGAGGGGGGGAUGGAAGUGGCUGCAACUGCUGCUGAUCCAGGAGAAAUAACCCGAAUAAUGCACGAAUCUCAGUCAUCUAUUGGUAGCCCUGUUGAAGACGAAGCUAUUGGUUCACACGGAUCAACAGAAAACAUGGAAACUGAACCUUCAAAGUGGACAGGCAACACUCACAAGAACCAAAAUACCAAUGUUGAAUGUUUGAAUCUUGACCAGUCAGGUGGGGUGGAUUUGGCUUGUGAUGGCCAAACUAUUCCUGAAGAUGAAGUACCAGUUCAAAAGCCAAUACCGUGUCUUAUUGGGACUGAGAGAAUCCUUCCACACAAAAAAUCUGAUUUGAAUUUUAAGAAGCAAAGAGGAGCCUCUGGCAGAACUGAUGCAGCGACCAUUGUAAUAGACUUGACUUUAGAAGAGACUGAUCAGCCUUUAUCCACAUUUACUGUGGAGCCAAAACGGGCCGCUCCAGAAGGAACAACCAUCGCAACCCCAGCCAACAAAGGCAUCAACACCACCCUCAGCAGCCAGUCAUCCAAAGUGACAAAGAAGGGCACAAACUCUCCCGAAUCUGUAUUGAAGGGGGUGAAUUUGAGGUUCUUCAGACACAUGAUUGCCGCCCAUUGUGAUAAAGUGACUCAUGGGAUGAAGUUGAAAGAUUUUAGUAAACUUGGCCUUUGCAAUCUAGUAAUUAGCCAACUGCCAUAUGGUGAACCAGACGCCCACCUAUUGAGUGCCUUGCAAAGUGCACUCCAGGUGUUUUCGCCCCCAGGAUGGGAACUAGAUUUCUAUUUCUUGAGGGAAGCUGGGGUGGUCAUUGUUCCUUUGCCACCAGGGAGAUGUGCAUAUGACAUUCUACAUCAAACAAAAUGGAGACAUUAUCGAGGAAGAAAACUUCAUUACCAGAUUUUCAAUAGCAACGUGGCAAGCUCACCACUGAUGUUUUUCCAAACUAUAAUGAAGUUUAUUGGCGAGUCUGCAGUAAUCGAUGGCUCCAAAACGGUCUUCUUCGGAAGAAUCACCGAAGAGGAAGUUGCUGAACUCCAGCGAGGCUUCAAGGACACAGAAUCUGUCCAAUACUUCUUGCCUCUCUACCGCAAGCUUUUCAUUGAGUUUUCAACACUUGAGGAUGCAGAUCAGUUUGGGUUACAACUCAGUCUGAAAAAUGGGCCGAUUGGAAAAGACGUCUACAGACUUGGAGUAACACCUGCUGAAGGGUCUUCGUGCCAAUUUUCUGUGGAUGGUGCAGACGCUCAUUUGUUCGACGCAAGUAUUCCUGAGGGCAGCCACGCACCGUUUUGGCUGCCUAUUUCCAGUCGUCCGUACCUGUACCCCACUCUGAGACCUUCUUUUGUUAUCCCAGAGCACCGGACGAUCAAGAACAUUGCAGAUGUCGAGGCUUUGGCUCCCCUUAGUGACUUCAGAACUGUCAUGUUCACCAAUCUGCCACAAGAAUGCAAUGCCCACUGGGCCAUCAAAAGGCGGGUUCAGGCCCUUCUAACAAAUGUGACGCCUCUGUUUUACAACUACUGCAUCACCGUUCUUCCCCAGCAGAGACGGGCCUUUGUGCACUUUGAUGAUUGGGAAUCUUACUCAACUUGCCUCCAGGACCUCAUAAAAACUCCAAUUUAUAUUGGCAAGAACAAACUUAGCCUUCACCUUGUCACGCAGCCCAUGUGUGCUCAGCACAGUGAGGACUUGAUGUACCAGUCUCUGAUGGCGCUCAGCAACACUCCUGUUAAAAGCCCUCAUUCUCUGUCUGAGCGUUUGCUUUUGGUGGGUAUCUCUUCGUACACAAAGAAAGUUGUGGGACAACUUCUCGACAAGGUGAUAUCAGUCGGGCCAUUUGUCGACUUUCUGCCACUUGGAAAUCGGAUCUGCAUUGAGAUGGUGAACUCUGAGGAUGUAAAGAAGCUUGUUCACAUGAAACAAUCUUCCACUCAUGAGAUGAAAUUGAGGCAGAUUAUGAACUUCGAAAGCUGUCAGGACAUGUCAAGGCGUCUCAACCUUUCCAAUGAAAGACAAGAGAAAAUACUCCAGAGUGAAGGCAGUGGUGAUGCACGUUUUCCAUCAUCAUGUCAAGUGGAACCGGCUCGCUCUGAUGUUCCGGCUCCUGUGAAUACACCAGCAGGAGCUACACAGUCUCACGUCUCUGCCAUAGUACAAGAGUCUGAGUUAGGCACUGAUGUCAAGUCAGAUGCCAUAGUUAUUGAUGAGGACUGUGAACAUGAAGUAAAGAGUGAUGCUGGAUCAACUGACACGGAUGAUUUGAGACCUUCCACCAAAACCCCAAGUGUCCUUCAGUCAAGUAGUGCUCCAGCAAUCCCUAAUAUGGACCUGAUGUUUUUUACCCUCAAGGCAGCAAUUCGAGAGCAUCGCCUCGCCAAGGUCCGCCUUAUGGACAACCAACAUGCUGGGGUUCCUUUGGCGACAGAUGAGUCCGAUGAUACCCGGAGUGUCAGUGGAGAGAUCCAAUCUGAAUGUUUGGUAAUUGUUGAUGAAGUGAGUGACAUGGAUCUUCAAUCCUCACUUGAGUCACGGGAAACAAGAACAGACGACUUCUCUGACAAAACACAAUUAUCAUCCAGACCAACUCAGGACAAGACAAAUCAGACGCCAACAGAGUCUCAUAGCUCAGCGGAUGACGUUGAUUCUGCACAUAAAGGUCAUGAAAUCCCACCGUCUGACAUCCACCUGCAAGUAGAGGGUGUUCCUGCCCAAUCAGAUGGCACUUGCGUGGACAAACAGACUGAAGAAUUGCAGCCACAGGGGAAUAGAAAUGAGGACAGUUGUGAUGACUUUGAAAAUUUUGAAAUCCUGGAUGAGUUUGAAUGCCAAGUGGCAGAGGAGAUGGAUGAUGCCAACCAAGAUGACAGGCUUGAAACACAUUGUUCAGAAGGUAGAGCAGAGGAGCCUGCAGCACAUGUCCUUAACAACAAGGCAGAUCAAGAAGAGAGUGAGUCCUUCCAAGUGAUCGACAGUAUUAAUGAAGAUAAUGCUGUUGAAGGUCAGGACUCCCCAAUUCAAGAAUCCAAUUCUGCGGGACAUCUGACUCCAGUAGUUGAUGAUGUUAUAAUAGUAGAUGGACUCUCUGGGAAGAGCUUGAAUGCUGAAUCCUGCUCUGUUCCUAAAGAUGUACCACACCAAUGUGGUAUAAUCUCUCCCAGAGAACCAUCCACUCAGGAUCCUUCUGCCAUCAGUGAUGUCCAUCCUGAAGCAUUUCAGAUUUUGGAUUCUGUAGAUGAUCAGUCUGAAAACGAAGACGAACCAAAGGAUAGGUCUGAUGUGACUCAGUUAGCCGAGGACACAGAUGUUUUACAAGAGGAUGUGGAGUAUGAGGUGAUUGAUUCUGUGGAUGACCAAGCAACAACUAGGGGGAGGGAAAACUGCAGUAACUGGGAUACAACUGAUCUACCGCACAUCUCUGCUGCUGUUACCAAACAGGAGCCUCAAAACCGUGUAACUGAGGAACUGUAUGAGAUUGUAGAUUCUGUGGAAGGGGACCAAAUCCACGUUAGUGACAUUGAAACAACAAGGAGAAGUUCCCGAACGCGGGAGAAGGAAAGCAACGCUCCAGAUGGGGCGGAGCAAUUUGAGCAGCCUGACAAAUGCGCUGAAACUGAGGAGAGUACGAUGGAGGAGAGUACGAACAAGGGUGUAACAUCUAAAACAAGGUCCAGCAGAAGCAAAAGAGGAUUGAGCAGGGAAAUGGAGGGUCCUCAUAAAGAGAGAAUGACAACAAGGAGCGGUCGCUCUCUUCUUAACCAAGCCAUUAGCACACGGUCAAGAAGGAACACGCCGACGACCGCAAGUUCUGCUUGUGAGACAUUGGAUUCUGUUGAAGGCGAUGUCAAGGAACAGCCCCUGGCCAAAGGAAGAAGGCGGCGACCACGGAGUCCAAUUUAUAUGGAUCAGCAUGAUGACAACUUUGCUUAUCAAAUACUUGACUCUGUUGGUGAAGACAUGCGCAGGCCGCCAUCCACUGAUGAAAAUGAGUUUUCUUAUCAAGUUCUAGAUUCAGUGGAAGGUCCUGUUAAAACAGAUGAAACCUUUUCUUGUGCAAGUUUGGAAAAAUCUAAUAAGGAGUUGAUGGAGAAUGCAGAAAAUGAGGAAGAAGGCAUUUAUCAGGUAUUGGAUUCGUGUGAUGAUGAGCCCCCCGCACAGCAGUUCACAGAGUCAGAGGCGACGGCUGAAAAUGAAGUGGCUGUAAGUCUAGAAAAGGAAGAUUGUUCGGAUGUUGCUCCAGAGCAUCAGAUUUCACCCGACUCCAACAAGAGAGCUCAAGGGGAAACAAACGUACCAAUGUACGGCAUGGACAGUGCUAUAAGAUCCAUUCUGGAGAACUUGGAGGAUGUGAGUGAGGAAGAAGAUGAUUCCUUUCCUGAAGCUUCGGAGCAUGAGAAACAGGAGAAAGAAGAAAAUCUGUCCAUGGUUAUGGAUGAGACGCCCAUCGGCGUGAAUAAAACCAAAAGUGUAAGGAGCCCGGCGAGAGAUUAUGUGGUAAACGGAAGACGGAGUCAUUUGGAGAGGGAGAAGGUGGUGAUAAACACCAGCGAGAUGGUGACUGUGGAUGAAGUGACCGCAGAAGAUGUAUCUGAGGCAAAAACAGGUGGAGUCAUGGAGGAAGAUUAUCAGACAAUGGUUACUCUGGAUGAGAUCUCUGAGGAGGAAGAGGAAGAAGCUGCAGUGCCUGAGAUCUUUCCGCCCUUGGAUGAACAGGGUGGUGACAAAAAAGAGAAAGACAAGCAGAGUGACAACAAAGAGGUCAUUAAUUUUGUGACUGUGGAUGAAGUUCAUGACAAUGACGAUGAUUUGAAGAAGGAUCAGGUGACAUUAUGCAGAAGUAGGAGAGCCAAAAGACUCCAGGCGGCUUCAGUGCGGAAAUCAAGUCGUCUGCACAAGCUUAAUGAGACGGAGGAAGAGAAGCGUCUGGAUGAGGCUCCUCUGUCCCCUCCGUAUGCUGAAGUUGAAGAGCCACAAAUCCAGAUGGAUACUGAGAAGACAGAUCUAGAGGCCGACAGCAAACUGGUUGAUGGUGCAUCUUCGGUGGACUCUGCACUUGCCUUGGCACAUGGUACUGACCAGGCGCUGGGGAGGGGUCUGGCAAAACGCAAAUCUACGGGCAGCGAACCUGAAGCAAAGAGAGCCUGUGAUUUUCCAUCAUUCACACCAAACAACCCUCUCGGUCAGGAAUUUGUCCGUCCAAGCUCUGGAUUCUUCUGCCAUCUUUGCUCGAUGUUUUUCUUCAGUGAGAGCACGGCCAUGGAGGAACACUGCAGCAGCCAGAGGCAUCAUGACAAUGUGAAGAGUCAUUACCUGAAGCAUCAACGCUCCGAACACUCAGAACCAUCAAGAGAGUCGUCUGCCCUGUCCAACUGCUGAUAUUCUUCUUUUAUUUCCCUAAAAUGAUGUCACUGUGGAGGGGUGUGUUCCGAUGUGUUCCAACCGUCUUCCUGGUACAAUACUGCGUAUUUGAACAGCCUCUUGGAGUCACAGCUGGAUAUGAGCAUCAUGUUCUCUCUUGUUGAUUUCAUGGUUGAACUGCUAUCUUUGGUCUUCCCUGCUGUUUGCUUAUUCAUGGAAUGUGUUGUGUUAUGUGACGGUACGUCAGCUUAUGUAAAAAGUGUUGAAUUUAAGUGAAAUUAUAUUUUGAUAAGAUUAUUUGUUUUGAUCACAUGGUGACUUUGAAAGGACAUGGAGAAUCUGCAUUUUUGUUUGAAGUUGCUUUUAAAUAAAAAUGUUUCUUGAA